CUUCAAAAGUCUAAAAUUUUCGAUAUUUCCAUUUUACUUUUAUUUCUUCCAUAUCAAAAAAAAUGUAUCAAACGAUCAUUCUAGGAUCCAUUCUAUUGGUAUCAUUUUAUAUUUUAAAGCGUGUUCGCAAACCAAAAUUCAAUAUGCCACCUCUUGUUCGUUAUAACAUUCCAAUUAUCGGUCAUACUUAUAGUUAUACGUUUAAUUCCGAAGAAUUCCUUAAACAAUGCAAAAAGGAGUAUGGUGGUAUCUUUAGUAUAUAUGUAUGGGGUCAAGUGAGAACAAUCGUCGGAAAAGAAUAUUCGCAAGAGAUAUUAUCAAGGGAUGAUGCGUUUAAUUUUGGGAAAGCAUUUUUCGAAAUAAUUCCGUAUGACUUAUUACUUAAACAUAUGGGUUUAGUAAAUAUGUUAAAUAUGCCAAAAUUGCUUAAAGAACAUAUUUUUUGUAAAUUAAAUUUUUAUUCUGAACGUAUGCAAAAAUGUCUUCAUUCUGCCACUCAAAAAUAUAUUGAUAGUAAUGUUCAUGAUGAUCCAAAAGUUUUUGAUAAUAUGUAUUUUUUAAUAAUUAAAAUUAUUUCUACUCCUGUUGCAAAUGUUUUUAUUGGUGAAGAGGAAUCGAAAUAUGAUGAAGUUGUAACAACAUUUGCAGAAUUUACAAGUGAUUUAUCGACAUUAAUAAAAAUUCCACCGUUUCUUAAUUUUUUUUAUCCAGGACUCCUCAAUCGCAUUCUCGUGAGUUCAGGAUUAUAUAAUCCAGCAAUUAAACAUAGAAAUAUAUUAAUUAAACAUAUUAAAAAUCAAGUUUGUAAACGUUUGAAAGGGAAAGCAAAAUAUGGUGAUUCUUGGAAACGUCCUGAUGAUUUACUUCAAGAUAUUAUAGAACAAGAAAAUAUUGACUUUAAUAAUGUUAAUUAUCCAUCAUUAGCUGACAAAAUGCUUUUAUUUCUUUUCGCUUCAAUUCAUACGACAUCAAACGGUUGUGCAAAUGCUUUCAUGGAUUUAGCUUCUCAUCCUCAAUAUAUACAAGAAUUAUAUGAAGAACAAUUGGAAGUACAUAAAGAAGCUGAUGAGAAUGGUGUGCUUCCAUUUGAAGCUCUUGAUAAUAUGAAGAAAUUAGAUAGUUUUAUUAGAGAAUCUUUAAGAUUAACUGGUCACAUAUUAGCACUUGAUCAUUCUGUAUUAAAAGAUUAUACUUUCUCUAAUGGUUUACAAUUACCAAAAGAUCAUACAGUUAAGAUUUAUGUUGAUGAUAUUUAUCAAGAUGAAUUGUUACAAGGUCCAAAUCCGAAAUCAUUUGAACCAUUUAGACAUGUAGAUACAAAUGUUCCUGCGUCAAAAAUUGGUAAAAAUUUUAUGUUAUUUGGAGGUGGUAAACACGCAUGUCCUGGAAGACAUUUUGCUAUAAACGAAAUCAAAUUUUUUUUGCAUAACAUUAUCUUAAAAUAUAAUAUUUGUACAAAGAGUGGUAAAAUUGAAGGAAGAAGGAUGUACGGUCCAACUGCAUACCCAAGUUCUAGUGGAAUUAUUAUCGAAAAGAGGGUUAAGUGAAAUUUAGAAAAUGAAAAAAUAAUGUGUGGUAUCAAGAAAAUUUAUAUAUUGGAAAUUAAAUCUAAUUAAAUCUUUUACGUUGUAAAAUGUAAAAUUUAUAAAAUUUUUUUUUAUUCGAUUGUAAGUUAUGAAAUUUAAAAUAAUGAAAAUUAUAAAAAAUUUACUUUACACUUGGUGCAAAAUAGCAGAAAAUUUUAUAACUUAUAUUAUCCAAAAAUGCGUAGUUAUAUUAGUAACACUUUUAUCCCGGUGAUCCAAGUACAGUCUAACCUCGAUAUACCGAUAUUCGAUAUACCGAUAUAUUAUU